AUGGCUGAGAUAUUUGUAUCGGCAUUUGUUCAAGUUGUGUUUGAUAAGAUGGCUUCUGGUGGGAUAAACAUGUACCUUAAUAUGCAGAAGAAUAGAAAAAGAACCAGAAUGAUAUUCCAAGAUUGGCAGAGAAAGCUGAAAUUAAUAGAAGCAGUUGUAAGAGAUGCCGAGAGGACACAAUUCCACAGCAAUUCUGUUAAAUUAUGGCUGCAACAACUCCAAGAUUUGGCCUACGAUCUGGAGGACAUCUUUGAUGAUUUUUCCAUUGAUAAUUCUCAUCAUCUUCAUGAGUUGAUGAUUGAUGAUGAUUCUCAUGUUGGUUGUACUUGUUCUCCUUUCCACAAGGUGCCAAAUAUGUUUACAUGUGCUUCAGGAGCUUCACACCAGGACAGUGCCAAGUAUAAAAGGAGCAUUAAGCAGAUUAGCAAACGCUUACAAGACCUUGUUUCUGAUUCUAGCUCUUUGGGUCUCUCCCAGCUUAUGCAGUUAACUGAACAACCUCGCCAACAGAGGCCAGAAACAUCUUCUUUAGUAUAUGAACCAGUCAUUUAUGGAAGGUGUGAUGAGAAAAAAGAGAUAAUUCGACGACUCCUAAGUGAUGAACCAAGUUACGGGAGUUACAUUGUGAUUCCUAUUGUUGGAAAUGGAGGGAUUGGGAAGACUACGCUGGCUCAAACUGUAUACAACAACGAGAAGGUUAAUGCUCAUUUCCAAAUAAAAGCAUGGGUGUGUGUGUCUGAUGUGUUUGAUGUCAAACAAAUAACAACAUCAAUCCUUAAUUCAGCUACUCACAAAGCACAUAACUUCAAUCAAUUGAAUGAAGCACAUGAAAAAUUGAAGAAUUUGGUAAGAAACAAGAGAUUCCUUAUUGUUCUUGAUGACAUAUGGAAUGAAGAAUAUGAUCCUUGGGACCAACUUCAGACCCCUUUUCAAUAUGCUAAUAAGGGAAGCAGAGUCAUAAUCACUACAAGAAUAGACAGAGUAGCUAAAAACAUGCUUAAAGCACCGAUUCAAUUAAGCCCGAUCAUAUCUUUAAGGGGUUUAUCAGAUGAUGAUUGUUGGCUUUUAUUCCAAAAGCAUUUGCUUGUAGAAUCGAACAUAAUUGAGAUGAAGAAGGAAGUGGUGGUGUUAUGCAAAGGCUUGCCUUUAGCCGCAAAAGCGCUUGGAGGUCUCCUAAGGAAAGAAGAUAAGAGUCAAUGGCCAAAGAUAUUAAAGAGUAAUGUUUGGAGUGAAAAGGGAGGUGUCUUGCCUGUUCUAAGGUUGAGUUAUCAUCACCUCCCACAUCAUUUAAAACAUAUAUUUGCUUAUUGUUCUAUUUUCCCGAAAGAUUUUCAAUUUGAAGAGAAGGAGAUAGUCUUAAUGUGGAUGGCUGAAGGAUUCGUAGUAGAGGACGAGGAGGAGAGCAUGGAAGAAAAGGGUCGUAACCAUUUUCUUGAUUUGGUAUCAAGAUCAUUAUUUGAACCAAGUCCAUCACAUGAAGGAUUUUUCAUUAUGCAUGAUCUUGUUCAUGACUUGGCUCAAGGGGUUGCAAGUAAUGUUAGUUGUACAAUGGGAAUCAAUGAAUUUUCAUCGAGAUGCCGUUAUUUCUCUUUUUCUCCACAAGCAUUAGAAGUACAAUCAUUGAGUAAUCUUGAUAAAGUCAGCCAGUUGCGAACCUUUUCUUUUUUCGGUAGUACAAAUACUGGUAAUCCAACACUUGUGCCUGAUUCUAUUUUCCAGAAAAUGCGAUACUUGCACUUGCUAUCUAUUGCAAACAUAGGGAUUACGGAUUUACCAAAUAGCAUUGGGAAUUUGAAACACUUGAGACUUCUCAACCUCUCCUUUAAUCCUAGACUUGUGCAGUUGCCAGAAUCAAUUAGCAAUCUUUGCAACCUCCAAACAUUGCUUCUGGGACACUGUAAGUCUCUUAAAAAGAUCGUCACAAAUAUGGAGCGGUUAACUAAACUUCGUCAUCUGGACAUUAGAAGAACAACUUCUUUGUUGGAAAUGCCACUCGGAAUUGAGAAAUUAACAAAACUGCGGACACUAAACAAAUUCUUUUUUACAUCAGAAACAGGUAAGAGAAUAAAUGAGUUAAGGAAUUUGAUUAAUCUUCGUGGCUCGAUAAGUAUCUCCGGCCUAGAAAAUGUUGUGUAUAAAGAUGCACAAGAAGCCAUGUUGUAUGAAAAAUCAGGCCUUGAUGUAUUGUUCCUCACUUGGGGCACUUCUCCUAGUAAUAAGGUCAAUCACAGCAACGAAAGAGACGUACUUGAAGUUUUGAAACCUCCUUCUUCCAUCCAACAAGUAUCUCUUCAAGGGUAUAGAGCAUUAGCAUUCCCUACUUGGAUUGGAGAUCCCUCUUUUAUGAACAUGACUACCUUAAGCCUGACCAACUGUUUAAAAUCUGAGUACUUUCAUUCUUACUUGCCAUCCCUGAAGAAACUCACUAUCGAAAACUGCAAUGAGCUGCGAGUUAUACUCGAAAAUUGCUUUUUUCUUGAGGAUUUAUUCAUAGAAGGAUGCAAAGAGUUGUCGACUACAUCUCCGAUCAUUAGUUGUUCUCAAAGAAUAUGUCUUCGAGAUGUUUCUCAAUUUAAUAAUAUCGAAGCUUUCUGGGUACAAGGGCUUACGUAUCUUACAGUUGUAAAUGAAACUAAAGAAAAGAAUUCUAAAUGGAGCAUGAUGAAGGGGAUAAGUUUAGUGAACUGUCCAAAGGUAAAGAAUCUUGCAGGAUUUGGGGAGUGCAACAAUUUGACUGAUGUAGAACUAGGCAACUGUGAAGAACUUGUCAGUUUGGAAAACUUUUGUGGGUCGAGUUUGAGAUUUUUGAAAAUCGAUGGCAUUCAAUCCUUGAAGAACAUAUCGAGUAUCAUCAAUGGAAUUGUUUGUAUUCGAAUCCUGCAAAUCAAAGAUGUGAAAAUAGAACAGGCAAUCCAAGAGUGGGGAUUUGACAUGCUUAGUUCUCUUUACGAGCUUAAAGUCAUAAGAACAGGCAUCUCAACUGAUUCAGUGGAGUCGAUUUCAGGAAAUGGAGAUGAUCUUUGUCUUCCCUCUUCGUUGUCUCGAUUAACCAUUGAAGGUUUCAAGAAUUUGAGAGUCGUGUCAUGUUCUUGUUUCCCGAACCUGAGUUCAAUCUCAAUCAUAAAUUGUCCAAAACUUGAAUCCUUAGGUGUAGAUUUCCCACCCACAAAGAUUUCUACUAUGGUUGCUAAUAGUUGGCUUUGUCCUAUAUUUAUUGAAGAUUGUCCCUUGAUUUAUGAUCGAUGUUUAUUUGAUCCUAAUGGAAUUCUGUAUAUAAGAGGUGGAAGGUAUUCGUAUGUGUAG